CCGGCCAGACGGGGUGACCCUGAGGGUGCGGAGUGAGCCAUGAUGCUGACCAGGUUCCUGGGCCCGCGUUACCGGGAGCUGGCCAAGAACUGGGUCCCCACGGCCAGCAGGUGGGGCUCCGUGGGCUCCGUGGGGCUGGUCUGGGCCACUGACUGGCGGCUGAUUCUGGACUGGGUGCCCUACAUCAACGGUAAGUUCAAGGACAACGAAUGAAGCCCGCCCUCCACAGACCCCCACUGGUGUGUGCCGGCGCCCGUCGUGUCCAGGAAGAGCCUCGGCCCCGGGGACGCUGCAGGAAGACGCG